AGAGUAAAUUACUUAGAGGGAAUUAUUAAAAAAGUGACCUUUUUUAUGGUGGUUGUUCAGAAUGGCUCUGAUAUUUAAGUCUUCCUCAUUCCAUUCAAAUCAUGGAGGUAUGACCUCACAAUUCUGUCAGCCCCUCCCACUCUGUCCUUACAAAUGGAGAGUAGGUGGAGCUGUGAAGGGACACGUUACAACAUGAUUUAAAAGGAAUGAGUAUGUCUGUUUAGUCCUGGCACUUAGGAUUCACCAUACAAGCUCAAAACAGCUCAAAGCAGCUCAGAUUUGGAAAAAAUAUAUCCUAAUUAUUUAAUAUUGAAGCAACAUAAGCCAGAACCAUUAAGAUUGAUUGCAGGAACAAUUAAAUAGUAAUUGUUUCACCUAAGUGAUUGCAGUGACAUAAUACACGUUUAUUCUCACUUUAUAAGCAAUAAUGGACAUUAAUCUCUCUUAUUUUCACAAAAUAAAUAUUUAUCAAUAAAAUAAUAGUUACUCCAGUGUUCGUGCUAGGCCGCGCCAAUACCCCCCUGAAAUAAUAAAUGUCCCGCUGAAUUUCUCUUAAUGUGCCCGUGUGUCCCCCUUCCCAUUCGCAAUAUCAAUAGGCAUUAAAAUGGUGUAUGCUCUGAUUCAUGCAUUUUGUAUUAAUAUUACAUUUCUGUUUGUUGUUUUCAAUUACUUACACGGUUUACCUCAAACCAGACUAAUCUUUUUUGUUGUUUUGUUUACACAUGCCUUUUAAAACAUUUUAACCAAUGUGUUAUCAUAAUUAAACUCACGUGCCUCUAUUCGCCAGUCCAGUAUGAGGCGCUACAGUACGGCUCGCACCAUCACUUUACAGUAGCCUGCGUUACAAGGCUUAACAUGGCCCGGCGCAAACAACCUCGGAUUCUUGAUUUUUUUUUCGAAAAAAGAUGAUCGAUAUGAAAAUGAACAUGAAAAUGAGGACACAGCCAGCCUGGAAGCUAACUCUUCUGAUGCAGUUCAGUCCGUGGAAACGGAAUCCUCAGAUUUGCUGGCAGCGAAAAGAAAAUGCAAGCGCCAUUUUCAACCGGAAUUUUUGAAGAAACACAGGUGGCUUACUUUUGACGAGGACAGCGAUCAAAUGUUUUGCCAAGUUUGUUUUUCUAAAAACAAAAAAAAACCAUUCACGGUCAGGUGUAACAACCACAGGACAUCAACUCUAGCACGACAUUUACAGUCAAAGCACCAUCGUAAUGAUGUGCUUGAGAACGACGCCGAUACUACAAUGAAGAUAAUGCUCCAACGGGCAAUGAACGAGAACGAGCAAGCUAUCCUCCAAGCGCUACAAACAGUAUACUCCAUACUCCAUCUCUGUAUAGCAGUUUUUUGGAUUUCAUGAUUUUUCCAAGGAGUGGAAAACUUGGAGAAACUUAGUGUUGGGAGAAAUGCCACAUACAGACAGUCUGCGAGGAAAUGCAAAAAGCAGUUGCAGAGGUCAUUACCAAGAAAAUUAAUUAAAAAUUGGAAAGUUGCGAUUAUGUGACAGUGCUGGCUGACGAAAGUACAGACAUGACAUAUCACAAAAAGCUUUGCAUCUAUAUAAGGCUUGUGCAGGGUAUUGUGUCCGAGACCCUUUUCAUCAAGAAUGUGAAGAUUUCAAGCGGGAAUGCAGAAACCAUAUAUCAAGAAAUAAAGCAGGUAUUUCUAGAAAGGAAUAUUGACAAAAGGAAGGUGAUCGGCUUCGGCAGUGAUGGUCCCUCUGUGAUGACGGGAGCAAAAAAUGGAGUGGCCAUGAAAAUGACGCAAGAUUAUCCCUACCUGGAAAAUGCACACUGCAUCGCUGCUCGACUGGCACUGGUCACAAAUCAGGCAGCAAACAAUGUUAACUACAUGCAAAAGUUCCAGGAAAUGAUCACAUCCUUGUAUUGCUACUUUAAGCAUUCUGCUGUUUGUGUGGCCAAACUGCAGGAAAUGCAGGAAGUGUUAGAUGCCCGUCUUUUGAAAAUCAAGGCGUUGCAUGAUGUUCGCUGGUUUUCAUUCUGUGCAGCUUUAGAAGCAGUGUAUAGAUGCUGGGAACCUCCUGCUGUGAUGUUAGAGCAGCAGAAAGACCCAAAAGACAUUUUGAAAAAUAUUGCAUCAUUUGAGUUUUUAGCUGUGAUGUCAAUGCUCAUGGAUGUUAUUCCCAUUCUGACACAAUUAAAUCUGAUUUUCCAGAAGACAGAUUUGGCCAUUGUGAAUCCAGCUUUAGAAGUAGCCAGAAGUCAAUUAGACUGCUUACUGAGGGAAGAUGGAGCUCACUUGUCCAAGUUUCUCAGAGAAGCAGGGAAAUCUAUGCAACAGUACAAAGGGGUAAACAUCUGACACUCCAACACAAAGAAAGAGUGCAAGCACAGGCAAAACAAUUUUUAUUCAGAACACCCUGGUGCAGCUAGACAGACAAUUCCAUAAAUCUGCAACAGAUCUAGUUGCUGCCUUUUCAGUGCUUGGUUUAGGGGGGGAUCCAAUUUCUUCCAGCAGAUGAGUUGGAUACCUUUGGAGAUGACAAGAUUGAGCUGCUAAUACAGAAGUAUGGGGAGGAUAAAGGGGAGCGAAAGGAACACAUCAAUGCGUUGGAAAUAAAAGGAGAAUGGCUCAGACUGAAGAAAU